AUGCCCUCAACCCCUGUCCCUCAACCCCUGUCCCCCAACCCCUGUCCCCCAACCCCUGUCCCCCAACCCCUGUCCCCCAACCACUGUCCCCAAACCCCUGUCCUCAACCCCUGUCCCUCAACCCCUGUCCCCCAACCCCUGUCCCCAACCCCUGUCCCUCAACCCCUGUCCCUCAACCCCUGUCCCCCAACCCCUGCCCCCCAAACCCCUGUCCCCCAACCCCUGUCCCUCAACCCCUGUCCCCCAACCCCUGUCCCCAACCCCUGUCCCUCAACCCCUGUCCCUCAACCCCUGUCCCCCAACCCCUGCCCCCCAAACCCCUGUCCCUCAACCCCUGUCCCCCAACCCCUGUCCCUCAACCCCUGUCCCCAACCCCUGUCCCUCAACCCCUGUCCCUCAACCCCUGUCCCCCAACCCCUGUCCCCCAACCACUGUCCCCAAACCCCUGUCCUCAACCCCUGUCCCUCAACCCCUGUCCCCCAACCCCUGUCCCUCAACCCCUGCCACCCAAACCCCUGUCCUCAACCCCUGUCCCUCAACCCCUGUCCCCCAACCCCUGUCCCUCAACCCCUGUCCCCAACCCCUGUCCCCCAACCCCUGUCCCCCAACCACUGUCUCCAAACCCCUGUCCUCAACCCCUGUCCCUCAACCCCUGUCCCCCAACCCCUGUCCCUCAACCCCUGUCCCCAACCCCUGUCCCUCAACCCCUGUCCCUCAACCCCUGUCCCCCAACCCCUGUCCCUCAACCCCUGUCCCCCAACCCCUGUCCCUCAACCCCUGUCCCUCAACCCCUGUCCCCCAACCCCUGUCCCUCAACCCCUGCCCCCCAAACCCCUGUCCCCCAACCCCUGUCCCCCAACCCCUGCCCCCCAAACCCCUGGUGCAAUCUUCUUUCCUCCUGUAAAUACUUCAUUGAGUGCGUGA